AUGGAUGAUCUUUGGAGUAGUGACGUCUGGGAUCUUAUGACAAGAACUUUUCCAGACGAUAAUAAUGGGAGUCGAAUUAUUUUGACUAGUAGGCUCAAUGAUGUGGCCAUGCAUGCUGACCCUGACAGCCCUCCUCAUGAGAUAAGCCUAUUGAAUGUAGAUGAAAGUUGGAAUUUACUUCAUGACAAAGUGUUUGGAAUAAAACAGGUUUGUCCUCCUGAAUUAGAGGAUAUUGGGAAGCAAGUAGCACAAAAAUGCCAAGGACUACCUUUAGCUCUUCUAGUGGUUGCAGGACAUCUCUAUAAAAUUGCUAGAACACCAGAAAGUUGGGGAGAUGUUGCCAAAAGUGUAAGUAUAGUUGUUGCUGAUGAACCAGAUAUAUGUCUAGGUGUGCUUGCUAUGAGUUGCAAUUACUUACCUAAUCAUCUUAAAUCAUGUUUCCUUUACAUAGGAGUCUUUCCAGAAGAUAGUGAGGUUGAGGUUGAGAGAAUGAUAAACUUAUGGGUUUCUGAGGGUUUUCUAUUGGAAGAAAGGCACAAAAGCAUAGAAGAAAUGGGAAGAGAGUGUUUGGAGGAUCUUCUUAGCAGGAAUCUGUUAAUGGUUAGAAAGAGGAGAUGGAAUAAUGAGGUGAGAACAUGUGGUGUCCAUGAUCUGAUUCGCGACUUAAUUUUAAGAGAAGCUGGGAAAGAGAAGUUCCUGCAGGUUACUAGAAAUCAUGAAGCCACUAAUCCUUCUGCACAGAAGCUUCGUGUUCGUCGCUACAAAACGCCUUCUAAACAAGUUCCUCAUUUUGAGCGCUUCAAACUGCUAAGAGUGUUGGUAAUCUUUGGCUUUAUAUUUCAAGAUUUUCCACUUGAAGUAACAAAAUUAGUACAUCUCAGAUACCUUGAAUUCUACUGUAAAGAUGAUAUUCACUGGUUAGUCUCAGAGCUUCAUAAUCUGCAGACCUUGAUUUUUGGGCACCGAGGUUAUAAAUCUCCAACUAUACCUGCGUCCAUCUGGAAGAUGAAACAUUUAAGACAUCUUCACGUGAAUGGUUUCUUUUCCUUCCCCCAGAGUAUAAUAGACAGUUUUGGGUUCUUUUCUUUUCUCCAAAAUAAGCUACAAAAUCUGGAGGUACUUUCCUGUCUAGCUUUGUCCAGCUGUACUUCUGAAUUGUUUUCUGCUAUUCCGAAUCUUAAGAGACUGACAGUUCAUCAUGAAGAAGAGUUGACAGAAUUCGAGCGCGUGGAGAUUUCCCAGCACCUAAGUAAUUUUUCCCGUUUAAAAGAACUUGAAAUAUUGAAGUUCAGGGGCAACAGACAAUACUUUCGCCGAAUGCCGGGUAAGUACUCUUUGCCUACAUCUCUAAACAGCUUGACUUUAACAGAUACUUAUUUACCGUGGGAAGACAUAGCAAAUAUAGUAAUGUUGCCAAACCUCGAAGUGCUUAAAAUUAAAUACCAUGGAUUUUAUGGUGCUUUCUGGAGAUUAAAUGACAACGAGAUUUUUAAUCAGCUUAAAUUACUCCUAAUUAAUGAGACAUACCUGAAGCACUGGGAUGCUGGAAGUGUUAACUUCCCAAAGCUGCAAUGCCUAGUUCUGAAAAGAUGCUUCGACCUUGAAGAAAUCCCUAAAGAUUUUGGGGAAAUUUGUACCUUGGAGUCAAUAGAAUUGCAUAAAUGUAAAACUUCCGCUGCAGCAUCCGCUAAAAAUAUUCAAGAAGAGCAAGAGAGCAUGGGGAAUGAUUGUCUUAGUGUCCUCAUUAAUGAUUGUAGGUAA